GGUGUCGGCCAUCUUGGCAUCACAUCACUGUUUCAGGCAACUCUGAGACAUUGCAUGAGCACGGUACACGGUAUUGAUUGACAUCGUAUCGUUAGUUAAAAAGAAAAACUGUUUUUGCGACCUCAUUUAACGAAGCCAAUAGAUACGAUUGCUUUAUAUUGCUCAGUUAGUGGUGAAGCACAGUAAGGAUUGAACCGCUAUGGCUACUGCAACCCCAAGCCGUGAAGCUGGCCGGUCGGCGGCCUCUACACCUCUCUCCCCGACCCGGAUCUCUCGCUUACAAGAAAAACAAGAUUUACAGCACCUGAACGACAGGCUGGCUGUGUAUAUAGAUCGUGUCCGGUCACUGGAACUGGAGAACGACCGGCUGAUGGUCAAAGUGUCUGAGAAGGAGGAGGUGACUACUAGAGAGGUGACAGGGCUGAAGGCUCUGUAUGAGGCUGAGUUAGCUGAUGCCCGACGGGUUUUGGAUGAAACUGCCAAAGAGAGAGCCAGGCUUCAGAUAGACUUAGGCAAGGCUCAGGCUGAGCUGGAAGAAGCCACACGCAGUGCCAAGAAGAAGGACAGUGAUCUUGCCGCUGCGGUGUCCAGGGCCAGUGGUUUGGAAGGCCAGCUGAAUAAGAGUGAAGCAGCUCUUUCUACGGCUCAAAGCCAGAAUGCUGCUCUGACGUCUGAGCUUGCUGAUGUCAAGUGCCUGCUGGCUAAGGCAGAGGACAGCCAUGCUGUUGCUAAGCGCCAGCUGGAGGCAGAGACACUGAUGCGUGUAGACUUGGAGAACCGUUGUCAAUCACUGAGUGAAGAGCUGGAGUUCAGGAAGAGCAUGUUUGAAGAGGAGGUGCGCGAGUCUCGGCGUCGACAGGAGCAGAGAAUAGUGGAGGUGGACUCAGGAGUCAGACAGGACUAUGAGUUCAAACUGGCACAAGCACUACAGGAUCUAAGGCGGCAACAUGAUGAGCAAGUCUCUCUUUAUAAGGAAGAACUGGAGCACACCUUCCUGGCCAAGUUGGAUAAUGCCAAGGUGUCUUCAGAGAUUAAUGAUAAGGCAAUGAGCACAGCCAGGGAGGAACUGCAGGAGUCCCGUGUGAGAAUAGAGAGCCUUGGAUAUCAGCUGAAUGCCCUGCAGAAACAGGUGGCUGCCUCAGAGGAUCGCAUCAGAGAGCUGGAGGAAGUUCUGUCGGCAGAGCGAGACAAGCACCGCCGUGCCAUCGAAGGAAAAGAACUAGAGAUGAACGAGCUCAGAGACAGGAUGAACGCUCAGCUCAGUGAAUACCAGGAGCUGCUGGAUGUGAAGCUCGCCUUAGAUAUGGAGAUCAAUGCAUACAGGAAACUGCUGGAGGGAGAGGAGCACAGACUGAAGUUGUCCCCCAGCCCAUCUCAUCGAGUCACAGUUUCCAGGACAACAGGAUCUUCCUCCUCCCGCUCCUCCAAGAGGAAGAGAGUGGAGAUGGAGGCUAAGGAUGUGCCAGAGGUAGAAAGCGGAGAGGGGCAGCUGCUGGUGUCUGAAGAAGCCACAGCUAGUGGAGCAGUCACCAUAAUGCCCACUGACAUGGAUGGAAACGCAGUCACACUGACCAAUGAUUCUGAGCAGGACCAGCCUUUAGGCAAUUGGAGGUUGAAGAGACAGGUUGACAAUGGGGACGAGGUCAUCUACAAGUUCUCCCCAAAGUUCGUCCUCAAGGCAGAACAGUCUGUUACGGUGUGGUCUGCUGAUGCUGGCGUGUCCCACAGUCCACCAUCUGACUUGUUGUGGAAGAGUCAGGCUUCCUGGGGCACAGGAAAUUGCAUAGUUACCGUUCUGAUCAACGCUGAUGGGGAGGAGGUGGCCCGAAGGAGUGUAACCAAGACUCAGGUGGAUGUAGAGAAUGGAGAGGAAGAGGAGAAAGUGGUACAAACCGGCAGAGUGUCAUCCAGAGAGUGUGCCAUCAUGUGAAGCCUUCCUAUUUGGUUGAUGACUUUGACUUCCCUGUUAUAUUUCUUUUUUUCCUUCUUUUUUAAAGCCACUCAGGUAUGAUCCUGUCCAUUGCCGCCUCAUCUGGUGAUUUUAUUGUUCAAGACAAUAUGAGAUUUUUUGGACACAUUUCUGGACCUACUUUAAUAUGAGUCAUUUAUCUAAAUAUAACUUGCAAUGACAACGUCAGUGGAUCAUGCAAAGAUCCAAAUGUUGUUGGAGCCCCUACUUGCAUCACUCUACAUGAUAUUGACUCAGGCUACAUCCACACUAAUACCUUUUUGUUUAAAUACGCAUAACUUUUACACCUAGGUUCUCCCUACACCGGUGUUUUCCAACGCCUAAGACCGAGAGCUACCACUCUAAUAUAUCACUGUAUUUGCUUUGAGGUGACUCUCAAUCUAUGUUUGCUUUAUUCUGUCAAUAACUGUCCAAGGAAAGAAAUCUCUGGUCUUCAUUCCUAGUAUUUUCUGCCACUAAGAAACCCACGGCAGAGUGGACAAUCUACUCCCUGUUUAGACUGGCAUUCCCAGUGUAUGUGAAUGAUCAUGUGAUAUGCUUUUUUCAGGCGUGUUAAUAUGGCUAGAGAUUUCUGUGACAGUGCUAAAAUGCUCAUUUGUAUGGAGAUGGUUUGAAACGCUGGUUUAAAAUAAAAAGGUAUUAGUGCGGAGGUAGCCCACCCACAGGCUGUCUUUCAUUCUUCUCUGGUGAGCAUUUUAGUUUCAUCCUACAUGCACAGAGGACGACAAGAAGAAAAAAUUCAAUUAAGAGCUGCUCAGGUCAAAUCAAGACCUUUAAGGUCUUUAAGUGUUUCCCAUAUAUAACAUUUAUUUGUGUGGCUGCGAGGGGUGUGACGAGACACUUCGUUCACGAGUUGAGACCGGAGACGAUAUUGGGUUCAUGAGAUCGAGACAAGGUUUUUAGCAUUAAACAGUUAAUUUCCUACAUUGUGGUGAAAAUUUCUGCAGCAAUUUAUGAUGUAAAUGUUUGCUUAUGUGAAGGGAAACAAAAUUCAAGUGGUGACAAUUCUAAAUCUAAAACUCUUAACAGAAUAUAAUGCAGUGCAGGGCUCAGAGAUUCUGUAUUCCUUUCAGAUACGUUUCUGCCAUUGUUGCUGCAGCGGUCUAUGUGACAGUGGGACCAGAGGGCUCUAUGCCACAGGCUUCCCCCGCCACCACUUGGGGAGCUCCUCAACUCCAAAUUUUUGUUCCGCCAUCACUUUUCGUAAAACUUUCAAUAUUUGAAAUCUACACAGUUGAUUUCUUACCUCAAAACUUCUCAGAUAUAAUGUAUGAAAAUUGUAGAAUAUAAAACUUUGUUGCUGGCCUCUUUCCAGCGUGCGCAAUCAUGAUGCAGUGAAUAGUGACAAUUCUCUCUGACCAAUUAGUAGUCUGCUGUGUUGUCGCAUCACAUUUUAGUAUCGCUUCAGCUUGCUUAGAACCGUGACGGAGGUGAUAUGAAAAAAAGUAGCAGGUACAACUUUUCUACAAUGGAAAACCAAACAAAGGCGAAUCAAGGCGAGCUGGUACCAUGCAGUGGAAAAGGGGCUUAAAUGUGCUUGUGACACCUUUUCAUCUGUAUUAAUUUUAAUUCAGUCGUAAACGCUUGGACUUUAGUAGCUCCUGUGUUUCAGCAGGUUCAGAAUCUCUCCCAUAUAUCUUUGGUCUCUAAAAUGUCCAGAAAAAAGUUGUAAAAUUACGAGACUAACUAUCUUAUAAUGAGAAUUCAUGUAAAUUUUACUUAAAAAAGUCUACUUGCUUCUUACUGCUGUGGAUUACAUUACUGCUCCACUGGUAGUAUUCCCUUCGGAUUGUUUGGAAACCAGAAAAGUGAAAACACUUGUGAUCAGGCAGAAAUCUCACCACAAAUCCACACACAGCUUUAAUAAAGUGCAGCUCACAGUCCCAAACAGAGCAAGGUUUGUGCACUCCACUGCUCCAUUUUAUUUUCACUGCGUUAGAAAAUUGAUGUAAGAGCGUGUGAAAAGUGUCAGUUGCAUGAGUCUCGUCACAUUUUAAUCUUGUCACACCCCUAGUAGUUACCCGUAUAGAUUCUGCCCUGCUGCACACUUUCUCUGUAUUUCUUAUUUGUCUUCCUUUGAAAGAUCUGCAUAGUGCAGUUGAGAUUACAGAUUGAGUAGUGACAGUCUGUUAAAAUUAUGCAUUCAUUUGAGUUUGUGUUGAAAGACUGAUUAUCCCAUUAUUAAAAGUUAGCUUGAUGACACUGCUGCUCAGCAGCCAACUGGCAGGUGUUGGACUGAGAGCUUCAGCCGCCACAAAUGAGCUCCAAACCUUUGGGGUACAGAAUCCUGAUCAUAGUCCUGAAGCUGUCCCCUAUCCCUCUGCUUUGUCUCUAUCCUUUUCUAUUUCUCUCCCUUGUUUCUUUAAAAAUAGCAAUGAAAUGUGAUAGUUCAUCUGAUCUCAGUCUUAUUGGCAGAGCUUGAAUAAACAGCCAUUUGAAGCUUGCUGGAAAGGUUUGGAGAGGCUUGGGAUGUUAUCUUCCAGUUGCGCAUUGAAGCUGUAUUUCACAGUUUUGACUCACAACCUGUAAUUUCUGAUAGCUGUUAUAUUGAAAAAGUAGAGAAUGAAUUAUCUGUGAGGCCUAUGUGUGGUGUUGUAGUGGAAUAAAUACGUAGAAGAGAGAAAUGGAUCCCCCUCUCUGUAUUGAUCCUGUUGACCACCACUGGUCACCGGACGGACCAACUUGGCCUCAUGCAGCAUGGCAGCCUUCCAUGUUGAAAAGCUAUUACUCGUGACGUGUAACCAAUCAGAUAGUACUGUCUGUCUCGCGACAGAGAGAAGUGGCUACAUCAGAGCCAAAGUAGCUCAUUUUAAAAUUAAUUUAACCCUAAUGUGUUUAGUUUUUUUGCCUAUCCAAAAUAUGAUCCGAUCUGUGACUCAAAACCACGGAAUGAUCCGAACGAGUUCCUUCUGAGUAGCCCAUUGCUAUAUAUAUCUAUAGUUUCAGUCACCAACACCUUCCAAAAAUAAGUGUCUCAGAUUUGCCAGAUCUCCUGGCUAGUGCAGUGCUAGAUAAAUAGGUUUACAGCCAUAAAACUUGUUAACUCAUCUGCUAGAAUGCUGUUGUAAUAACAGUCACCAUUUCUUUGCUGGGAUUGUCAUGGAACAGACUGGUCCAGAUUGUCUCUGAAGUUUUACCUGGUGGAUGUGGGUCUGGUGUUUUGAUCCCUAGCUGGGCCACUAAAAUAAUAUGCUUAAAAGAAAAGGCUUGUGAGUGGCUUUGUCAGUGUAAAAUAUUAAACUGACAUGUAUGUACUGCAUAACAUUACAAGCAGUAAAAUGGUGAAAACACUUGAUUAACUGAUACGGUGUGUGGCGAUAUUCUGAUGGACUGCAUUAUUUCCAUCUCUGUAUUUUCUUUUGUUUUGGAUUGCAGUACAUUGUAAUAGUAUUGCUCUUGCACCUUGUGUGCCAUCUUGGGAUACUAAUAUGUUCUUGUGUGCUGUCCAUUGCUAGUUAUUUUUCUAUAGAGUUCUUGUCUAUAUAAUCAUUAUGUUUACAUGAAAUGUUUCAUUAUUUUGUGUUUAGGAUUUCUGGGAUGAUUCAGGGUUGGGCUUUCCUGGCCCAAACAGAAGGGUAAAAACUGAUUUGUGGGCUUAAAUAUAUUUGAAGAUUUUGAUAAAACAAUACUGAACACUACUCAUAGUUUUCUGCUUAGAGUUUCAAGUUUUCAGUUGGUGAGUGAAGGAUGUGAAAAUCCUGUUUCAUAUUGGCAGAAGCAACAACUUCUGUGUAGUAAUUGGGAAGUGACCAACAAUGAACAUCUGAGUUAAUUCUGCAUGCCAAAUGAAAGUUUUCAUUCAUGAUUAACUGUUGAACUACUUUUUGUACACACAAUAAAUGUUUUGCAUAAACACAUUUGA